AUAAAAAACUAUUUCUCGUCUUUUCGUCUUUUCAAAUUUUCAAAUACAAUUCAUAUAAAAAGUAUAAUUUAUAGAGCCAUAUUACUGUAUUAUCUAGCCUACCAUGUUUAUUCAUUCUUCAGGUACAUUAUGGGAUCUUUAUGUAUAUAUAAUCGCAGAAGUGGAUUUUUAUGUUUAUUUAAUCAAAGAAUUUACGGCUUUAAUUAUUAUUAUAUCUAUUUAUGCUACAAGUUGGUAUAUUCAAGAAUAUGGUGUAACAG